AUGAACGAUUCUCAGAGCGACCAGCUGAAAACGGGUCUGCCCGCUUCAACGGGGACAGCCAAGGCGGGCACACGAAAGAAGAUCCGACCCACCUAUUCAUGCCUAAAUUGUCACAAACGCAAAGUGAAGGUAUCGUGUCGUAGCCGCCAGCGUGCAAGAGUGAAGCCAUGCGGCGCCUGUUGUCUGCGAGGAACUCCGUCCGAGUGUGAAUAUGGCACCAGCAAGCGAGACCGCCACUACAUCCAGCAGUCGGCUCUGAUCGAGAAUCUGAUGCAGACAUGUGAGAACCUGAAGAAGCAACUGGCCGAGGCACGCGCCUUGGCCAAUCUUCCGCCCGUCAAAGACGAGGACUCGUUCUCAGCCUUGUCGCCGAACAACCUCGCAGUGGCCCGUUCCGAGAAGACGACCGUGGACGAGGAGGACGGAGAGGAGGAAAUCUCCAACCCUCGAGAUUCCUCGGACACCAAGAGAUCACCCGGCGAUUCUGAUGAACUGGUCUCUGAAAAUCCCGACAGAAUUGCCCCGUGGAAACCCUAUCAGUCGUUUCGGUCACUCUCGGAGGACAAACGGCUCCUGACGGACCCAGCGCUUGCAAGUUCGCUGGUAGAAUUGUUCGUCGAGCGUCUCAUUGACAACUUCAGCCCGCAGCCAGCCGCCAUCUACGGCGGCACGAUUGCUCUCCGCGAGGCAUCUGGGAUGCGAGUCCUGUCGCCGAUUCUAUGUACCGCAUUCGAGGCUGCAUCCUUGACAUUUGCCGGCCGAAGUGACCAGAUUCGAGAGGUGGAAGCCGUGGGACAUACGCGCUACGUUCGGGUUCUCCGGUUACUGCAAAAUGCCCUGAACGAUCCCAAACAGAGCAAGUCGACGGAAGUCAUGGUUGUGGUCUUAUUGUUCACCAUCAUCGAGGCCUUUAAACAAAGCUCAAAAGACUCCUUGUUGAAGCAUCAACUGGGUGGAUUGCAAUUGCUGCAGUCGCGGACGCCGUACCGACAUCGGUAUGGAAUCGAUCGGUCGCUCUACGUCGAUCUUCGAUUAUACUGGGUGACUGCUGCGCUCGUCCAGCGAAAACCCACCUUCCUGGCAAGCAAGGAGUGGCUGACCGUUCCGUGGCCCGGAGACGCUCCGUCCAAGGAUAUCCUUCAUCGACUGCUGGACAUCGCCGUGGAUAUCCCCGCGUACCUGGGGCAGAUCGACGACUUCGCGGCGGCCUUACGGUCCGACACCGCCCCUUCAACCGCGCUCGUCGCGAUGCAGUCCGCCAUCUGGGACCGCGCCGCGGAACUGCACUCGCGUCUGAACCUGUGGAAGAGCAUGUUCGCCGACACAUACCCUCGCGGCCGAGCCUGGGAGGAGGAGCCCGAGACCGAGCGCGAAACCGAGACCGACCGCCGCUUCCCGACCUUCAAGUGCCGGAAUCCCGCGACGAUGGACCUGGUGACGGCCAAGCUGCUGGCGUACCCAGACCUCCUGUCCGCGACGUGCAUGACCUACUACUGGGCGCUGCAGCUGAUCGUGUCGACGACGGACAGCCGGCUGGCGGGCGGGCUGGGUCUGCAGGAGCGGUACCAGUAUGCGUGCAACAUCUGCCGCAGCAUGAAGUACUACGUUGAGAAUAUCCCGGGGUGUCUGGUGUCGCGCAUCAUGUUUGUGCUGCGGACGGCCUUUGAUGCCUUUGCCGAGGGGAUGGUCGAGAAGCAGUUCGUCACCGAUGUGUUCCGGCACAUCGCGGACAAGUUUCACUUUACUGUUUUUGCGAAUCAGUGCGCGUCGUCCUCGAUUAGGAGUUGA